CCCCGCCCCCUCGCUGGCCCUUUGCAGGGAGGUGCAUCUCACCCUGACUUCCUGAUACAUCCUGUCAGCUUCUCACUCAGACUUGUGAAUAUUGCUAAGUUCUGUUUACCUCGGAGAUCAAAAAUCGAAGCUGGGAUGACAUCACAUCCGAGUUACAUUCCUGUACAAGAAGUCGGAAAGGCAUUUAGCAAAAAGCAGGAUUUCUUGCUUAGCUGGAUAACUCAUGAGAUUUAAGGUUCCCCAGUUUAAAUGACCUUUAUCUUAGUUUUUUUUUUGCACUUUGAAUCUGUCCAGCUAAGCAAGAAUUCCUGCUUUUUGAAACAGGCCCCAGCCAGGUUAACUAUUAACCAUUGUUAGCCAUAUCAGUUGAUAACAAUGCAUUAUGCAAUGUUUUGUUCAUAAAAACACCAUAGCAACACAUCCACAGGUAGUGGUUGUGUGUACGACUGAUUUAAUGAGUCAUAAAAAAGACAAAGUGUUAAUAGACAGUAUGUAAGUACCUGUUGCAAAAGUUCCUCCGACUUUUUCGAGUCUGAACUUCUGACUUCGAGUGGCGUUCCAGUUGAAAUUUCUGACUAGGAACUCUGAACUCUCCACCCCACAAUCUCAGCGUCUCAUGCUGUCUGAUUUCGUCCUCCUUCCGGGUCGCCCUGCGCUUUCUACGUCAACAGACUCUUAAAGCGACAGGCUCGAAACAUCAGACCUCAGAGGAUGUUCACGGGAUAUGGGGGUCGAUGAGUAUUAAGGUAACUUUUUGUUGUGUGUGUGCCUCUCCCCCUCCCCCAAUAGAGAAGCUGAUAGCCUACCAACGGGAGUUUCAUGCCUUAAAAGAACGCCUCCGCGUGGCGGAGCACCGUACACUGCAACGCUCCACGGAGCUGAACAACAUCCUGGAGCAGUUCAGGCGCGCAAUCGCAGAGACCAAUGGCAGCAGGGACACCCUCAGUAACUUCUCAGGGUGGGUAGAGGGGAUGCGCGCACUUCAGCAUGCAGACGGACGGGGCGUCGUGACCAUGGACUUCAUUUCCUCCUCAGUUGAAACCCAGAAGCUGCUCAAAGAACUGGCUCACAAGAAACCUCUCCAGGUGCCAAAUAUCUACUAUCACCUGCCUCACCUUCUCAACAAUGAGGAGAGCCUCCGCCCUGCCGUACAGGUGGGGCUGGGCAGGACCGGGGUCUCCAUGGUGAUGGGGAUCCCCACGGUGCGCCGGAAGGUGAAGUCUUACCUAGCGGAGACGCUGCACUCGCUGGUGGACAAGCUUUCAGCCGAUGAGCGGCAGGACUGCGUGCUGGUGGUGUUCGUGGGGGAGACGGAUACAGACUAUGUGCGCAGCGUCGUUGACGACCUGGAGAAGGAGUUCUCCGCGGAGUUCAGCUCUGGUCUUCUAGAGGUCAUCUCCCCGCCAGCCAGCUACUACCCUGACCUCAACAACCUGAAGGAGACCUUUGGCGACUCCAAGGAGCGAGUUCGGUGGCGGACCAAGCAGAAUCUGGACUACUCCUUCCUGAUGAUGUACGCAGUGAGCAAAGGCGUGUACUACGUGCAGCUGGAAGAUGACAUCGUUGCCAAGCCCAACUACUUCGCCACCAUGAAGAACUUUGCUGUUCAGCUCGCCUCUGAAGAUUGGAUGAUCCUGGAAUUUUCUCAACUUGGAUUCAUCGGGAAGAUGUUCCAGGCUCCAGAUCUCAACCUCAUUGUGGAGUUCAUCUUCAUGUUCUACAAGGAGAAACCCAUCGACUGGCUGCUCGACCACAUCCUCUGGGUCAAAGUCUGCAAUCCCGAGAAGGACACGAAGCACUGUGAGAGGCAGAAAUCCAGUCUGCGUGUCCGCUUCCGGCCCUCCUUGUUCCAGCACGUGGGACUGCACUCCUCUCUGGCUGGAAAGAUCCAGAAGCUGACGGACAAGGACUUCCUGAAGCCGCUGCUCCACAAGAUCCACGUGAACCCACCUGCAGAGGUGUCCACCACGUUGAAGGUGUACCAGGGUCACACGCUGGAGAAGACCUACUUGGGGGAGGACUUCUUCUGGGCCAUCACUCCCACUGCUGGUGACUACAUCCUCUUCAAGUUUGACCGGCCCGUCAGCAUUGAGAGGUAUCUGUUCCGCAGCGGAAAUCAGGAGCACCCUGGUGACAAGAUCGAGAACACCACAGUGGAGGUUCUGCCGUUCUCGGACACUGGACUACAGACCAAAUAUAAACAGACGGAGGAUCAUUUCUACAGAAUCGGUCAUUUUGAGAACGGCGUCGCAGAGGCGUCUGUCGAUCCCACCUUCAACCCUGUGGUGGCGCUACGCCUCUCCGUGCUUCAGGACUCUGCCGUGUGGGCCAUCUUGAGUGAGAUCCACAUCAAGAAAGUGACCACUUAGUUGGCCUCCAGCCAGAAGGGGGCGCUGCGGGGCCUCUCCCAGGCAUGGAGACGUCGAUGGAAAGCCCUCCAGUGGCACUUCCUGCCAAACACUGAUUGCCGCUCCCAAGCUCUACCUCGAGCGAAUGUGAACACUACUGUUUAAAAAAAAAAAAAAAUACUCGAGGGAAAAUUCCCAAGACGUGUGACGCAGGUGUGGCUGCUUAAGUGGAAGGGUGUCUCAUUGCUGAAGGUGAGGGAGGGGGUACUUUGUAUGUUAUUGCACUAAAAGAGGAGCAAUAGGAGAAGCAGGCUGCCUGUGAGGAUGAAGACAUACUGAUAGGUAUGCUGCUGCUGAUGUGGCAGCUGUCUCCAAAUAUUUGCCAUUAUCUUUAGUGGGUGAAGGCUAACUUUCUGUAAAUAUAUACAUACAUUUUUGUUUUUUUGCCAAAGUGUUGCUUUAAGUGGAAAAUCUGAUCUGACCUUAGUCCGGUUGAUCUCUCUGACUUUAGCAUGUAAAUAGAAAUCCGUCGUACCGAAUUUAAGUCCGUCCGUGGUCGUAGGUUUAAUCAUUUACUUUUUUUUUCUUUCAAGUACUGCAGUACUUGAUGAUCAGACCUUAUUUACUUUCACAGAAAGCAGACUAAGACCCUUCAGCUAUGGGGAAACCUUGAGGAGGAACUAUACUCUUAUUUAUUGACUUGUAUUAUUUAUACAAGUGUUUUUUUUUUCUUUUUGUGACGAACUUGACAGAUGUUUUAUAUUUUUUUUCUCUCUUGAACGAAUCUUCUGAGGCUUUUUGCCACAUUUGCGGCUCAGCGCGGUACUGGAGUGGGCGUGUCCCAAACCUGUGCCUUAACUGCCACACCUCCCGUAAGGGGCGGGGCCUCGCUCUGUACAGCGUACCGCGUGGGCGGACUAUGGGGGGGGGGGGUGCAGGAAGGACAGGGGCAGUUUUUUUUUUUUUUUGUCUCCUUAUAUACUUGUUUUUUUGUAAAUGUGAAAAUAAGCCUGCCAUGUCAUUCAGUGUCAAAGUAGCCAUUGCCGAUUUCCCAGGAUACCUUGCUGCACUGCAGUCACAUGAUCCUGAUGUGUGUUGUCGCUAACGUGCCUGCUCACUUUGAGCCAGAGGAUGGUGACCUGGGGUUUGACUGGCUUUCUCUAUGUUCGAAGUUGCCCAACUUACCAAUGAUGUCUGGGCGAGGUCACCUGAUCAUAGACGACUAAAUGCGAAUGAAGACAAAUGCAUAUUCAGAAGGGAAGCAAUGACUUAAUGAUGAGUAUAUGAUGGGUGAUCAAACGGUGCUCUUGUACUGAAGGGUAGGGUCUGGCUGGGGAGGAGUUUUGUAUAAAAUUUAAGUUAUUCUUUCCAAUUGAUGAACAAAGUGGUGGUUUCCUUAGUAACACCCCUGACUCCACCCCACUGCCAGGGAUCACCCUCCACCCCCCGCUCAAGUUCUGCUCCUGAAUCAUCAGUCACACGCUUGUGAGCUUCAGCAAGGUAAAGGUGGAGAGGGUGUUGCAUACUGCCCUCCAGCAACCCCAAGCAGGUUUCGUGCCUUCAUCACUUAUGUCAGAGAUAUUCCAUGGAUAUUGCAGAAAUAAAGUAGGAAUUGUUCCCA